AUGAUUUCUCGGUCCUUGCUGCACAUCCCAUCCACGUUACGUUCGAUCCGAUUCAUGUCGACGCAGUGGGCUGAUGCACAAUGCGUACCUUGCUCAAAAAAGGCCAUUCGCGAACUUGGUCUGAAGGCACUCACUGCCGAAGAGACGCGUACCAAGAUCCAGCAGCUCGAGCCUGGCUGGACGCUGGCACCGCAGCCCCAAGUGGGCGAAUCGUCGCCGGUACCACUUGCCCUCCAAAAAGUGUUUCGAUUUCGCAACUUCGCCACGGCGUCAACGUUUGCAAGUCAGCUCGGAAAGGUAGCAGACGCUCAGGGACAUCACCCCGCCAUCUUGCUGGAAUGGGGCAGCGUAGCCGUGUGGUGGUGGAGCCAUGCCCUGCAAGGUCUGCACGAGAACGACUUUAUCAUGGCGGCCCGCACAGACCGUGUCGCCUCCAGUACCGAGGGUCGUAAGUCGUAA